AUGGGCACCAGCGAGUUCGUCGACCUCAUCAAACCUCUCGGCGAGCGUCUCUCCCUCUACGACCGCACCGCCAUCCCAACCUCUCAACCCAAAAACGACGCCGCCGAUCCCGCCAAAGGUGUCCCGCAAGGUUUCAUCGACGCCAUGCAAGUCCGCGAAGAAGUCUACGUUCGAGAACAAAACAUCCCACUCGAGAAUGAAGUCGACGAGGAUGAUGCGAGGAGUUUCCAUUGGGUCGUCUAUGCGAGUAUUCCCACCAAAGCGACGACAAAUGGGGAGAGGAGAACGAGUAAUAGCACCAAGAUUCCUAUUGGGACUAUCAGACUUGUUCCGCCCCCUCAUCAUCCUCAUAGUGUGAGUGCUGCAGAAACGAAUGGCAAUGGAAAUGGGAAUGGAAAUGGAAAUGGACAUUACGAACCGGAAGAAGCGUAUAUCAAACUCGGACGCCUGGCUGUCAUCAAGGAGUUUCGCAAAGCAGGAAUCUCAAAAUUGCUCAUCGAGACUGCUCUGGCGUUCGCAAGGGAACAUCCCUAUGAGGUGGGACCGCAGAUGGACCUUUCGGAAGCUCUACACAAAGGCGUCGCGAUGAACUUCAAGGGAUUGGUGUUGGUGCAUUCACAAAUCGGAGUGCAGAAGGUGUGGAAGCGGUAUGGAUUCGAAGUAGAUGAGAAAAUGGGAACGUGGGAUGAAGAGGGCAUUGAGCAUGUGGCGAUGUGGAAGAGGGUUGAUGUCAGUAGCGGGAGGAGGAAUAGUAAAUUGUGGACGCAGGGACAUUCGGCCGUCAAACCGGUUUGA